UUAUUGUUGUUUUAUAAUUGUUAUUUUUUUUUCUUUUUUAGGUUUCAAAUAGCGUAUAUAAUAUUACUGCUUUGGCAACGUUAACUUCUUUAAACCAUGCCCAUCCACUUGAUUUUGCAAUGCGGAAGUCAUAGGCUUCACUUCCUUUAUUUUGGGGAGGCAUCGCCGCCACAGAAAUAUAACUAAACAGAAAAUACUACACUUUAGUGGCUCGUCGUUUGAAUCUCACACCUGCCAGGGCUGUUCAGAGUCGUGGAAUCGACUCGUUGGGAAUCGACCCGUUGGGAAUCGACCUCUCGCAGAUACCCCCGCCUCCCCCUCCCUCUGAGAAAUUGACAGCAGCUGGGUCGCCUGUGUGAGCAAAGCCGAAGGACAGACACUGCAGAAAAUAAAACUCUGCCGCUACAGUGGGCUCCCCUUCCCCCUUCCCUUCACCGUUUGAGUGUAUAUACCAACAAAGGGACCCAGACGAGCCCUCUCACUCGGUUUACCCGCUUCUACAGCGGAGCUGUCGGGACUUUUUCCUCGCGAACUGAAACGUCGGUAGCUUAGCCGAGCUAGCGGGCUAACGCGACUAGCUGGCUUCAGCUACACAGAGGAAUUACAAUUAUUCCGCCGACAGACAUUUGAGGAUGUCGGGGAAGGAGCAGAAUAAACAAUCCACCACCGAACGGCUGGUUAAAGCGGUGCCGUACCCUCCCACAACAGGGCUCCCCUUGAAAGACCUGUAUGAGGACGGCAAGCCCAAAGUGGAGCUCUUGAAGAGCCACCUGGUAAAAGAGGGCCGUCUUGAGGAGGAAGCGGCCCUACGCAUCAUCAACGACGGUGCCAACAUCCUCCGCAACGAGAAAUGCAUGCUGGAGGUAGAGGCCCCUAUCACAGUGUGCGGUGAUGUCCACGGGCAGUUCUUCGACCUGAUGAAGCUCUUUGAGGUGGGCGGGUCCCCGCACAACACACGAUAUCUAUUUCUGGGAGACUAUGUGGAUCGAGGAUAUUUUAGUAUUGAGUGUGUGCUGUACCUGUGGGCCCUGAAGAUCAACCACCCGACUACCCUCUUCCUCCUCAGAGGCAACCACGAGUGUCGGCAUCUCACAGAGUACUUCACCUUUAAACAAGAAUGCAAGAUUAAGUACUCGGAGCGCGUGUACGACGCCUGCAUGGAGGCUUUCGACUGCCUUCCCCUGGCCGCCCUGCUCAACCAGCAGUUCCUGUGCGUGCACGGAGGCCUGUCCCCAGAGAUCACCUGCCUCGACGACAUCAGGAAGUUGGACAGGUUUAAAGAGCCACCAGCUUUUGGGCCGAUGUGCGAUCUGUUGUGGUCCGACCCUGGCGAGGACUACGGCAGCGAGAAGAACGCUGAGCACUUCUGUCACAAUAGCGUGAGAGGAUGUUCAUAUUUCUACAGUUACCCCGCAGUAUGUGACUUUCUGAUGCAUAAUAACUUGUUGUCAGUUAUAAGAGCACAUGAAGCCCAGGACGCAGGGUAUCGAAUGUACAGAAAAAGUCAGACGACAGGCUUCCCGUCGUUAAUCACAAUCUUCUCUGCACCAAACUACUUAGAUGUGUAUAACAAUAAAGCUGCUGUGUUGAAAUACGAGAACAAUGUCAUGAACAUCCGGCAGUUCAACUGCUCUCCUCACCCGUAUUGGCUGCCCAACUUCAUGGACGUCUUCACGUGGUCACUGCCCUUCGUCGGCGAGAAAGUAACAGAGAUGCUGGUCAACGUGUUAAACAUCUGCUCGGAUGAUGAGCUCAUGUCAGAAGGAGACGACACCUGUGAAGGUGGAACCCCGGCAGUCCGCAAGGAAGUUAUCCGAAAUAAGAUACGUGCCAUUGGCAAGAUGGCCAGAGUUUUCUCUGUUCUUAGAGAGGAGAAUGAGAGCGUGUUGCAGUUAAAGGGCUUGACCCCCACUGGCACGUUGCCUCUGGGUGUGUUAUCAGGAGGUAGACAGACUCUGCAGAGCGCCACCGUAGAAGCAGAGGAAGCACGAGCUAUCCAAGGCUUCAACCCUCAACACAAGAUCCAGAGCUUCGAGGAAGCGCGUGGUCUGGACCGAAUAAACGAGAGAAUGCCUCCACGCAAGGACAGCAUCCAGCCGGACGGCACUGCCAACUCCAUCAACGCAGCCAACUCCCCCGACAAGAACGGCACCAACGCGCAGGCGUAGUAACCUCCUACAGCUACCUACUGCUCUCCUUUACCCUCAUCCUUACUUCCUGUCUCUCUCUCUCUCUGUUUUAUUUUUCUUAUGUCUCUCGCCCUUUUUCUCUCAUGUCAUUCUCUUUUUGGUAGAGUUGAUGCCCCCUACAUGCAAAAAUCUCCUGGACAGCUUCAGGGGAGAAUCGCACAAUACCAUGAAAAGGGGGCGUAGCAAAAAAAACCAUGGUUCUUAUUUAUUUAUUGAUAUAGAUAAGACAUUUAAGAUCUGUAACAGUGGGAAAACUGAGAUGAAGAAAUACAUGGGGAUAUUACAUGUGUAUAUAAAAUACAGAAUAUAUAUAAAUAUAUAUAUAUAUACAGUAUAUAGACUUAGCAUUGGGGUGGUGUAAGGUCAUAUUAGAUUCAGUAGUUUAAAAAAGACAAAAAAUCCAUUUUGUAAAUUUCAGUUUAUUAGAUUUGUUUCUGAAUUUUUUUAAACAAGCAAGAUUCGCUCCGCAUCAUUUCUUUUUUGUUGUUGUGUGGUUGGAGAGGGAAAUUUUGACUCGACAUUAUUACAUAGAGUGCUUAUUUGUGAAUACCCAAUGCACGUAUGAUACAAUUGCUUUGAGCAAAAAACAACAAUUUAAGAAAAACAUAAAAGAAAAUAAACAGCAACAGUGAAAAUGUUUGUUUUGGAAAUGACGUGUGUGGGGGGAAACCCCCUUCAUUAUGCCAAUUAUAACGAAGGGGAGUGCAUUAAUAACUCAAGUGUUGACACAUUUAUAUGUAAAUGUACAUUUUCAAGUGUUUCCUAAACCAAAUGUCAUGUUUACUUUGUUGCUUUUGUUUUUUUCGUUGAUUAUAACUAAAACUACACCGAUUUGUCAUCAAAAUGUUAAGACGUCUCAUCCUGCUGAGAUGGAUGGAGAAAUGAAUGUGUCUGCUUGUGUAUUUCAGUUCUCUGUAUUGUAGUGAAGCAUGAUAAAAAUGUAUCAGUCCCCGAUGAAAUUUCACGCUUGGACCACGUUUGGUGAAUACUCAGAGUUCUUUGCUAUGGAUUGUGGUAAAUAUAAUUACAGGCCUCUAGUUGCACUUGGAAAGUAUGUGGAAAGUGACUGAGAUGUUUAAUGUCCACCUCAUCCAGGAUGAGCACGCAUGCCUUACGUCUUGCAACUUUACACACCUGAAGUAGCACUGUAGAAGCACACGCAAUCGGUCGAAACGCAAUGUUUUCAAAAUUUGGACAUUAAAAGCCCUUUUUUUCCUCUUAUGCUAUUACUUGUUUGUAUGAGUAAACCUCUUGUAUCUAUCUUCAGUGCUAGUUUUUCUGUAUACAGCCGUAUUUUCUAGAGUGGACCAUAUUCCACACAUAUACCAUUGACUGAAGCCUUGUUUUUGCUUUUACCGAAAACUUAAAUGGGUUGCUUUUCUGUACUUUUUUGAGAAUGGCAGGAUGUGAAACCAUUGUUUACCAAAUCUUAUUUUCAGAACUUUUUGCUUUCACUGUACUGUUUUUGUCAAGAAAAACCUUAGUUCCGGCAUCAGGACGUUUGGCAAGGACUCAAUACUGAAUGUUACCCGAUUGGUUAUGUGCCAUGCUUAUAACUAUACAGGUAGCAUGACAUUUGUGUGCUGGCAUUGAGAUAGAACCUCAUGUACUUUCCAUUUCAUUUAGUUCUGGAUACACCUGGGCGCACACGAGUCUUGAAGCACGAGGUUAAAUUUGCAUGUUAUCCACAUUGUAUUUAAAAGGAACUCAUCCAAAGAAAAAAAUCAGUGUUUUAAUGUAAUAUAUGGCUUUGUCACUGAAACGUAAAAGCCGGUUGUUAAAGGUUUCAGUCGGCCUUGUAGUUGUGUAACCAUUCUGCAAAGAAAAAAAUAUCAAAGGAUGAGGAUAAAGCCUCUGAGAUAAUGCUUUAGAUGCCUGAGAGAGGCUUACAUCCUUAAACGGGUACCAAACAUUCAUCGAGUAGAUUGUCAUGACCCCUUAACACCACCUCUUUUGUGACUUCUAAGUGUUUGUCUCUGUUUUAUGUAUAAAACUUUCGCAGACUUGUUUUGUUUAAUUUAAUGGGGGUUAUCUGCUAUGGUUUGCAAAUGUUGGUCAGGGGUUCAAGGCGGGACGGGUGCUUGGGUUUGGAUAUUGUUCAAUGUAUCUGAAAAGAUUUGGGGUGUUUGGACCACUGUCCCCGUUUUUAGGAGGGCUUCAUUUCUGAAUUCUGUUACAAAUCCCAAACAUAUCUUGAAGAAUCUACAGAAGAUGUUUUAGAGUUUUCCUUGAUAGCUAGUAAGAGGACUUUGGGGGAGUUUGUGUUGAAUGCUUGUAUUGCAAGGCCUCUAAGAAUCUUUUGAUGUAUCGCUCCAUUAAAGAAAAAUGCAAGUAAAACGAAAGAAUAUGUUGGGGAAAGAACUUGGUCUUGCUUCUUUAUUUGUCGUCUUCAAUUUGUGUGUUUUAGGAAUUUUACUUUUUCUCAUUCCUUCCUUCACUAGAUAUGCUGAAGUUAUUAAAUUGACAGCAGAAAGGUA